CGCAUGUGCGCAGCGCGGCGCGCAGCCUGCGCCGCCCGGACCCCGCGCCCGCACCCCUGUCUGGCCAGUCCCGGCCCCGGCCCCCGCCCCGCCUCCGGCCCGCUGGGCGCCGCAGUUGCAGCACGAGGACUUGCAGAGAAGUUUGCUUAGACCCUCAGGCCCAGGAUCGGGGCACCCCCUUGGCAACAGGCAGUGACUGUCCUGACCUCUGACCUCAGCCUGCCUGUCAGCUUCUGCUCCCUGCCAUGGCUGACCCCUUCUGCGUGGGAGGCGGCCGCCGGCUCCCGGGGUCCAGCAAGAGUGGGCCUGCCAAGGAUGGCAGCCGGAGCGAGGUCCGGCUCCCCGUGCGGCAUGACCCGCCGAAGCUGGGGUUGCCGGUGGCCCGCGGGGGGCAGGCGGUGCCCGGCCAGGCCCCUCUCUGCUUCGACCCGGGAAGUCCAGCUGGUGACAGGACAGAAGGGAAGAAAAAGGGGCGCCCGAAAGCUGAGAACCAGGCCCUCCGAGACAUUCCCCUCUCCCUGAUGAACCAGUGGAAGGACGAGUUCAAAGCGCACUCCCGGGUGCAGUGCCCCAACUCGGGGUGCUGGCUGGAGUUCCCCAGCAUCUACGGACUCAAGUACCACUACCAGCGGUGCCAAGGGGGCGCCAUCUCAGAAAGGCUGACCUUCCCCUGCCCCUUCUGUGAGGCCGCCUUCACCUCUAAGACGCAGCUGGAGAAGCACCAGAUCUGGAACCACAUGGACCGGCCUCUGCCAGCACCCAAGCCUGGGCCAGUCAGCCGGCCGGUCACCAUCAGCCGGCCCGUGGGGGUCAGCAAGCCCAUCGGAGUGAGCAAGCCCGUCACUAUCGGCAAACCCGUGGGGGUCAGCAAGCCCAUCGGUAUCAGCAAGCCCGUGACGGUCAGCAGGCCCGUGCCGGUCACCAAGUCGGUGACGGUCAGCAGGCCUGUGCCGAUUACCAAGGCUAUGCCAGUCACUAGACCUGUGCCCGUCACCAAGCCCAUACCAAUCACCAAGCCCGUGCCGGUCACCAAGUCCGUGCCGGUCACCAAGCCCGUGCCGGUCACCAAACCUGUGACGGUCACCAGGCCUGUGACGGUCACCAGGCCAGUGACUACAAACAAACCAGUGCCGAUGACGAAGCUCGUGACGGUCACCAAACCUGUGCCGGUCAGCAGGCCCAUUGUGGUCAGUAAGCUGGUGACGGUCAGCAGGCCCAUCGCCAUCAGCAGGCACACGCCGUCCUGCAAAAUGGUGCUGCUGACCAAGUCUGAGAACAAAACUCCUCGGGCCGCAGGGAGGGCCAGCGGGAAGAAAAGGGCUGCGGACGGCCUGGACAGCUGCCCGCUCCCGCCCAAGCAGGCGAGGCCUGAGAACGGGGAGUGUGGCCCGUCCACCGCCGCCCAGGGCUCGGCCUGCCUGCCCGGCGUGGACCUCAGCAGCGGCCCCCUUCCCCUGGGCAGCAGGCCCCUGGGGGGCAAGGAGGCGCCGAGGGCCCCGGGCCCCGUGUCCCCGCCUGAGGAGGGGGCUGGACGCACGAAGCACAGAAGGAAACAGAAGACACCCAAGAAGUUUACGGGGGAGCAGCCGUCCAUCUCAGGGACGUUCGGACUCAAAGGCCUGGCCAAGGCAGAGGACAAAGCCCGAGGCUACCGGGCCAAGAAGCAGGAGGGGCCGAGUGCGGAGGACAUCCGGAAGAAGGUGCCGCCCCCCGCCAGCAGCGUCAGCAAGGAGGCGCCGGCCCCCGUGGCCCAUCCGGCCCCAGGCGGCCCCGAGGAGCAGUGGCAGCGGGCUCUCCACGAACGGGGGGAGGCGGUCUGCCCCACCUGCAGCGUGGUCACCCGGAAGACCCUGGUGGGCCUCAAGAAGCACAUGGAGGUGUGCCAGAAGCUGCAGGACGCCCUCAAGUGCCAGCACUGCCGGAAGCAGUUCAAGUCCAAGGCUGGCCUCAACUACCACACCAUGGCCGAACACAGUGCCAAGCCCUCUGACACCGAGGCCUCGGAGGGGAGCGAGCAGGAGGAGCGGGAGCGGCUGCGCAAGGUGCUGAAGCAGAUGGGGCGGCUGCGCUGCCCCCAGGAGGGCUGUGGGGCCGCCUUCUCCAGCCUCAUGGGCUACCAGUACCACCAGCGGCGCUGCGGGAGGCCGCCCAGCGAGGUGGACAGCCCGUCCUUCCCCUGCACCCACUGCGGCAAGACCUACCGCUCCAAGGCCGGCCACGACUACCACAUGCGGUCGGAGCACACGGCCCCGCCCCUCGAGGAGCCCGAGGACAAGCCCCCCGAGGCCGAGGACCUGCUGGGUGUGGAGCGGACCCCCAGCGGCCGCGUCCGCCGCACCUCAGCACAGGUGGCAGUGUUCCACCUGCAGGAGAUCGCGGAGGACGAGCUGGCCCGGGACUGGACCAAACGGCGGAUGAAAGAUGACCUGGUGCCCGAGACGGCGCGGCUCAACUACACGCGGCCCGGCCUCCCCACGCUCAGCCCCCAGCUGCUGGAGGCGUGGAAGAACGAAGUCAAAGAGAAGGGCCACGUCAACUGCCCCAAUGACUGCUGUGAAGCCAUCUACUCCAGCGUGUCCGGCCUCAAGGCCCACCUGGCCAGCUGCAGCAAGGGAGACCACCUGGUGGGGAAGUACUGCUGCCUGCUGUGCCCGAAGGAGUUCGGCUCCGAGAGCGGCGUCAAGUACCACAUCCUCAAGGCGCACGCGGAGAACUGGUUCCGGACCUCGGCGGACCCGCCCCCCAGACACAGGAGCCAGGACGCCCUGGCGCCCAAGAAGGAGGAGAAGAGCGUGGCUGGCGGGAAGAAGCGGGGCCGCAAGCCCAAGGAGCGGCCCCCCGAGGAGCCUGCGCCCAAGACGCCCCCCCGCCAGGAUGACUGGCCCCCUGGGGGCAGAGACAAGGGGGCCCGGGGCCCCGCUGGCCGGAAGGUGGGAGCUGGCAAGGCGCCCGAGAAGUGAGCGCGGUGGCUGGCAGGCGGGUGGGUCCCGGUCCCCACACUGGCCAAGGCCUCCUUUGUCCAGGGUGGGGAGCAAGGGCCCUAGGACGUCCCACCCUCCGGUCCCGCACCCCCACCCCGUCUCCUCCUCCGUCCAGUGGG